CCUAUCAGCCAGGUAAAGGUGCUAUACGGGGGUACGGAGCUGUUUGACGACGAGGUCAGGCGUACCUUCCACAACGACAUGCUGCUGGCGCUGGUUAGCGGGGCCUGCAUCGCCGCUCUGGUUUACAUCCUGACCUCCUUCUCAGUGUUCCUGACGCUUUUUGGCCUGGCCAGCAUCGGCCUCAGCUGCCUCCUGGCCCUCUUCCUGUACCAUGUGGCAUUUGGUGUCCGCUACCUGGGUAUCCUCAAUGGAGUGGCGGCAUUUGUCAUCGUUGGCAUCGGAGUAGACGACGUCUUCGUCUUCAUCGGAACCUUCCGGCAGGCCUUCCGCAUGACGCAGCCCCAACAGCGCAUGGUCUAUACUCUGAAAACGGCCGGCCGCGCCACCUUCCUCACCUCCUUCACGACUGCUGCUGCUUACGCCGCCAACGCCUUCUCGCAGAUCCCGGCAGUGCAGGAUUUCGGGCUGUUCAUGGCGCUGAUCGUCAGCUGCUGCUGGCUGUGGGUGUGCCUGAUGAUGCCCGCCGCGCUCGGCGUGUGGAGCCGCUGCCUGGAGCGGCAUGAGGGCACCUGCCUGCGGCGGUGUUGCCCUCCCCGUGGGCAAUCAACGGGCUAUACCCCCUUGUCAGACCAGGAUGACGACGUCGCUCUCCUGUCAGUGGACAUGGAUUUGGGGUCCUUUGAUCCAGAGUCUGAUGUCCCCCUGGUGUCACUUCAGGUGACAUUUCCUCCCAACCCUAAACAUGGCGGAGCAGGCAUGGUGUGCUCUGGCCUGCAGGGGGCACUGCAGCGCUGGGUGGCCAAGCCUGUGGUGGAGAACCGCAGAGUCAUUAUAGUUCUCUACAUCCUGGUUCUGGUGGUGACCGCUGGGUUCUGCUGCCUGCUGAAGCCCGCCAGUCACGCCCCCCUCCUUUUCCGCCCCGACACCAACCUGCAGACGCUGCUGGGGUUGCGUAGCAACCUCAGCGCCCAGGGCAUUUCCUGCCACACCUGCUCGGGCCUCUUCAUGGAGAAGCCACACUCCCUGCGCAGUGCGGCCCACACUGCGUGCCACACUGCGCCCGGCUCAGGCCCCGAUGGGCACCACUUGAACCCGAGCACUGUGGUGGGACACACUGCGGACAAACACAGUACCAGCAUCCACCAGACAGACAAGCUGUUCACCGUAUACGUCUCGAAGCUGGAGGCGGACACCGGAGUCACGCUGUACCGCUUCUCCCAGAAUUCCAGCGUGCCAUCGCCCUGGAAACCGCUCACCCCCGGACAGGGGGAGGUGCCCUCCUUUCAGGCUUUCAGCGGCCCCCACAGCAAUUUCAGCACGCGCAUGACGGUGUGCGCGGCCCACGCAGGGCGCCCCCGCUGGAUGAUCACAUCGCAGUCCUGCGACACCGGCCGCGGCUGGGGGCCCGAGUUCAGCUUCUACGUGGCCUCGGCUGAGCAGAUGCAGAGCAGAAAGCUGUAUUUUGCCCAGCUCAGACGCAGCCCUUACCCCAGCAGGGUGUGUGUGGCCCCCCCCGGCUGCGUGAUCAGUGCUGGGCCUGACGGACCCACCAAGGGCUCCUUCUAUACCCCCCUGGCUGCAGCUCCAGACCCCAAGCCAAUCAGUGCUUCAAAAACCUCAGGUUUCAACCCCUGCGGAGGGGGUGGAUGUGGGCGGCCGGCAGUGCGCCCUCUGGUGGACACCGGUGCCAUGGUGUUUGUGGUGUUUGGGAUUCUGGGAGUUAACCGCACCCAGCGAGCCGACAACCACGUCAUUGGGGACAUGGGUAGUGUGGUCUAUGACCCAGACUUUGACCUCUUCAAAGAGAUCGGGCACCUGUGCCAGCUCUGCAAGGAUAUCAGUGCCAAUGUGCACCUAGUCAAGCCUGGAGGAGCCCAGUGCCUACCCUCAGGUACCCCCCCCCCUCACCCCACCCCUCCCCCAGAGCCGCA